AUGGAUCCACGAUAUCAAGCAGCAGCUCCAGAUGCAUUCAAUGCUUACUUGUACGCUCAGCACAAUGCAGCAUUAAAUCGGAAUCAAGAGUUAUCGGUGAAUGCACCAGAAUUUAUUCCACUUGGCGAGUGGAGUGGACAUCCGCAUCAUCCAGAAGCAGCGUCUCAGGUGUUUACAGCACCUUCCCAGGUAUUUAACCCCAAUUCACGUUCAUUUCCGCCGCAACAUCAGCAAAUUCAAUUUGGUCAGCAACAACCGCAUCAGCGUCCACCCCGGUACGUUUAUCAGCAAAAUCGUAACUUUGGUCGUCACGACUUGGUUCAAAAUCAUCAUCAUCCUGGAUAUUCAAACCAGCAUCAACAACAACAACAUAUGUACAUGAUGAGUCAACAAGGACAUCAGAUGGGUAACAAUUAUCACGGUGGAGCUGGAGGACAUCAACAAAGGGGAGGAAUUCAGAAUCGGUUGAAUUUUACACCAAACGCUGUUGAAUCUGUUCCCUCUGAACCAAUGCCUCACAAGCAAACUGAAACCGAGCAAGUCGCGUUGGACUAUCUAAGCGAGGUCGUGUCAAAACUGAAUGAUAAUCCUGGUUUAUUUGAAAAUUACCAGAAGCGUUUGAGAGAAAUGUUCAUGGAGUUGGCUGAUAAUCAUUUUGUUAUGAGCAACGCUAUUGAGAUCAUAUUUGAACAGUCGAUAAAUGAGCAAAAUUUCCGUUAUACUGGUGCUCGUCUCUGUCUUCUUCUCGAUACUUUGGAUCUCUCAUCCAAUAGCACGUUCCGUAACUUGUUGGUCAUGAAGAUGGAGUUUCAGAACACCGAACAAGUUCCAUUCAUGCAAAACGAUCAACGACGUGUUCGUGGCACAACAUUGUUUUUGGCAGAAUUAUUUGUGCAGUUGAAAACAUCCGAGAAUACAAGAAGCACUGUUGACGUCGCGAGAUUUGUAUUGAACUCCAUUCUUCUUCUUCUCACUAAACCUGGACCUGAGAACAUCAAAUGUGUUUGUCAGACUUUAAAGUUAUCCGGUUACGAUUUGCAAAAAGAAAAUCCAACUGAAGUUGAAGACGCGAUUAAUCAACUAAGGACCAUCGCAGAAGGACAAAAUAUUCAAACAAAGCGCUUGAUUCAAUCUGUUGUUGAUUUGUUUCAUGAUAACUGGGGAAGAAAAGAAGCUGUUGAUGUCGAAAAUCAGAUUCCAUCGACAUCGUCGUUACCCGAUCAUUUGCCCCAAAAUUACAAUGACAGUCCUGUUUUCUAUGGACCUGAUGGACAAAUCAUAACGGAAGAGGAGUCGAUGUUUUUAAACGCCAACAUGCCCGGAAACUACCCCAUUAACAUUGACGACAUCAUCGACGAUGAAUCGGAUGAUUUGGUGGAAGAUGAACCUGAAAUGGAUCUGGAGAUUCAGAUGGCAUAUAAGGAAUUCAUUAAAGACGGUAAGCGUUCAAAUGACGCUAAACAUAAAGAAUAA